UUCAGGAUGAAGAUAGAUACUGUGGUUCUGCUGCUCUGUGUGUCUGUGACACAGGCCCAGGGAGACGGCACAGGGGGCCCAGAGAACGACACCAAGAACAGUCUGGGUGAACCACAACCAGGAAGCCGCGUGAGUGAUAGUACCAUUCAAUUCAUCCUGAUUGAACUGAGGGCUCUGAGAGACACGGUAGUGGCUCAGAAGGUGGAGCUGUCGGUCACCCAGAGACACGUUGAAGAGAUGAGAAGAGACAACGCAGCCCAGGCUGCAGAUCUUGUCACCCUGAAGGCCAGGCUGGCGGCCAGUGAAGGAGAGGUCAAAGAUUUACACACAGAGAACUCAGCCCUGGAAGCCAGACUAAGUCUCAGUGAACACCACGUGGAAGAACUGAAGUCAUUGGAUGCAGCCCAGACUGCAGAUCUUGUCACCCUGAAGGCUGGGCUGGCGACCAGUGAAGGAGAGGUCAAAGAUCUACACACAGAGAACUCAGCCCUGGAAGCCAGAGUGAGUAUCAUUGAACGCAACAUGGUAGAACUGAAGGCAUUUGACGCAGCCCAGGUUGCAGAUCUUGUCACCCUGAAGGCCAGGCUGGCGGCCAGUGAAGGAGAGGUCAAAGAUCUACACACAGAGAACUCAGCCCUGGAAGCCAGACUAAGUCUCAUUGAACACCAAGUGGAAGAACUGAAGGCAGAAAAUGAGGGCAGACCAAAGGUGGCAUUUUACACGGCUCUAACUAAUUCAGGAUAUGUUGGGCCCUUCAACACUGAAACACAACUGGUCUAUAGCAAAGUCUUCAUCAACAUAGGCAACGCCUACAGCCCAGUAACAGGUGUGUUCACAGCCCCAGUGAGAGGAGUGUACUACUUCAGGUUUACUGCUGUGGACCUCCGUAAGUCUGGAGGCAUGGGAGUUGCCAUGUACAAGAACGACUUCGUGAUCAUCGCCAACAGUGCCUAUAAUACCGACGGUCAAGCGAAAUUUCUGGCAAAUGCUGUCACUGUGGAGCUAGAGCAGGGAGAUCAGAUUAUGAUGCGUCUUCCACCAAGCUACGGCCUGUGGGAUAAUUCAAACAACUAUAACACCUUCAGUGGUUUCCUUCUCUUCCCCAUGUAAAACAGGCUGUCUGUCCAGGCUCGUGACCCAGAGUUUAAUAAAGCUGACAUUCCUCCCUUGACCCCUGUAUUAGUUCAAGAGUGAAGAUGAGACUGGUGGAGAGAUGAUAUGGUGAUAAAUGUGUUGGGCUGUCAGCAUUGUAGACAUGUUUAUCUGGAGCAAAUACUAAGAUUUAUAAAUGAUGUCUGAUAACCAC